UUAUUUUUAAAAAGUGACGUAAAUUGAAUCAGCUUCACUUCACUGUUCUCCUUUCGUAAUCUUUCUCUGAUAUUAAAUGGAGCAAGACAAAAGAAGGAAUUAUACCUUUAUCCAAGCAUUCGUAGCGAUCGGUGUCCAAGGUACAGGAAAAAAGAUAAAAAUGACUCAUUACUUUUAUUUUCAAAUGGAUUAACAUUGGUGGAUAAUGGCUCCCUCAAAAUCAAGAAUCAAAGUAGCAGUAAUAGGAGCAGGGGCAGCUGGUCUGUGUGCGGGUCGACAUCUGAUCGCAGAGCCUAACCUGUUCCAAUUUGAUAUAUACGAGCAACAAGAUGAUGUUGGUGGAACAUGGCGCUUUUCGACUCACAUUGGACAAGAUCAGUAUGGAUUGCCUGUACAUUCUAGUAUGUACAAAAACCUAAGGACCAAUUUGCCAAAAGAAGUGAUGGCAUAUCCUGACUUUCCUUUCCAAGAAUGUGAAGGUCGGUCUUUCCUGCAUCACACUGAAGUACUGAAAUACCUAGAGGAUUAUGCAAAGCAUUAUGGUCUUUAUGAGCAUAUUAAAUUUCAUAAACUGAUUGAGAACAUCCGCCCUUUAAAGCAUGAAGAUGGAACUGUUGAAUGGGCUGUCAGUUUUAGUGAUGUUGUUACCAAAGAAAAGGAGACUUAUAUUUAUGAUGCAGUCAUGGUUUGCAAUGGGCACUAUUCUGUACCUUAUAUGCCAGAAAUUGAAGGUUUAAAUGAUUUUAAAGGUGUUAUAAUUCACAGUCAUGACUACAGAGAGCCUCAAGAUUUCAAAGAUCUUAAAGUUGUUGUUUUGGGAGCAGGUGCCUCAGGAAUUGAUAUUGCAAUUGAAGUUUCCAAAGUAGCCAAAGAAGUGGUAUUAAGUCAUAACAAUCCUCCAAAAACUUGUCCUUUACCCAACAAUACAUGGCAAGAGAAGGGUAUAGAAUCAGUUGGAGAAUCUUCUGUAACUUUCAUUGGUGGAAAGAAGUAUGAAUGUGAUGCCAUCAUCAUAUGUACUGGAUAUCUUUAUCACUAUCCCUUUCUAGAUCCAAGUUGCAAUGUAAAAAUCGGAGAUCAGCAUAUCUCUCCUCUCUACCUGCACACGUUCCUCAUUGACUACCCCACCUUAGCCAUUUGGGCUGUCCCCAAGCUGAUUGUCCCAUUUCCUAUAUAUGAUCAGCAAACAAAAGUGUUCCUAAAAUUUUUGAAGGGGCAAAUUCAGCUACCUAGUCCUGAAGAGAUGCGGGCAGAAAUGGAGAAGGAUUUUACUCGAAGACUAGAGGCUGGCUUUAAACCAAGGCAUGCUCAUCUCAUGCCUGGGGAAUGGCAGUGGGAAUUUGAUGAUGCUAUCUCUAAGUUGGGAAAUAUUGAUCCCCUUCCUCCUGUCAUAAGGAAUUUGUUCCGGCAUGUCCACCAUUUAAGAACCUUGGAUGUCAUACAUUAUAAAGAUACAAAUUAUAAUUUAGUUGAUAAUGAAACCUUCAAACAGGUUGAUUAAUGAAAAGAGAUCUUAGAUUGCUCCUGAUUUCUUUUAUCAUCAGUUUAUAUUUACAUGUGAUGCUGCAUUACAUAUAUUAUUUAUAUUUGAUGCUACGUUAUAUAUAUAUUAUUUAUAUUUGAUGCUACAUUAUAUAUAUAUUAUUUACAUUUGUUGCGCAUAGGUAUAUGGACAUCUUGCUAAAGAUUGUGAAUCAGUGCAAAUCCCUAUAAUUAUUAAAUUUUAAGUUAAUCAAUAAAUAUAAUUAACUUAGAGAAAAUUAAUUAAUAAUUUGAAAGUUCAUUAAUUCUAUAUUGAAUAGAAUAUGCCAGUCAUUAUAUGUGUUUCUCAUUGAAUGCAUGGUGCAAUGGCUGAUCCUAUUAUAACAAAUAAUGUAUCUUAUAUUUGAUUAUCAUCAAAUUAUCAGCUAAAUUAAUAACAAAGUUGUUUAUUUUGAGCCCUAGAUUUUUAAGAAAUAAAUAUAUACUUUUAAAUAUGUUAAUUUAAUUUUAAAAGCCAAUUAGAAAGUGUUUGAAUAUACAUGAAGAAUAAUUUUUAAUUUCUCUAAAACAAUAUUUUAAUAGUAAUUUAAAUUCAUUUACACAAUAUUGUAUUGAUAAGUUAUUUGAAAUGUAUUAAAAUAUUCACAAAAAUUCGAAUAUGCAUGGAUUUAAAAACAGUAAAAUAAAUUGCAAAUGCAAGAAAAGAAAUAAUUCUAAUGGAAGUUGUUGAACUUCCUUUUGAUGUGUCUUGCUUGAAGUGACAAGGUUAUGUUUUUAAAAAGUUUACUGAAUUAUUUUUAUAGUACUGUUAAAACUUGAAAUGAUUUUAUCUGUGUUGAUACUUGAAAAUAAAUAUAUAUUAAACUAUUAAAAAUAUGUGUACUGUCAUUGUGUGUAUUUAUUAGUUGCAUUUGUCUUUUUAUAUCAAGAAAAUAUAUUACAAUUAUUAUUGUUAAAUUAUCAAUUAUUAUAGAUAUAAGAAUAUCAGUUGAUCUAGUCUGUUUAGUAAAGUUUAUUUUUCAAAAUUAAAUUGAAAAGUAUAUUAUAUGCUUUCUACUUAAUAUUUGUAUGAUUCUAUUAUUUUGUCUCUGCUUUUAAAUAGAAUCCUUAUCUCGUUGAUGUAGUUGUUUAACUUGAAUUAUAAAAGAAUUGUUUAAGUCAUUGUAUAGUAAUAAAAACUUGUCUCUCUCAGUAUUUACAGAAAAUGAUUACAUUUAUUUUGAAAAAGAGAGUCAGGCAAUAGAGUUCUGUUAAAUGAAAAUACUGAAAAAUCCAUGAUAUAAUUGAGACUUCAGUGUAAGAAAUUUUAUAUUUAUUAUCAUUAAUUCUUUUAAAAGAGCAAAUAAAUUGAUGUGUUUCUUUAUUACUUUAUCUGCUCUGGGAAUAGAAUUUGUAAUGCCCCAUUAUGAAUUGCUUGACUAAUAAAAU